UCGCCCUGUUCUGUUUCAAAGUGGUUAAGAUUCAGCAUCGACCACAAUCAAUGUUAUUAUUGACGCUUACUGUAUAUAUGUGGUGAAACAUAUUGCAUUUUUGCAUUUGUAAUUUUAAUAAAGAAAAAAUAUUUUUACAACUCAAUAAACAAAGUAUUAAGUGCGUCUAAUAGUUAUAUUAAAAAAGUUAAUAUCGACUCUCUAGUUUGCCAUGUAAUGAAGUUCAGCAUAUUUCUAUAUUUUCGAUAUUCCUCGUGUUAGCAUUUGGUAUACAAUAGUCAAGUACUUUGUUUAGAACUGACAAGAAAGAUUUAAUUAACUUCCAACAAUAGCAGUGCAAUAAGCUUUACAGUCGGUCCAUUUGACUGGCCAGUCUCCUUUGAGACUCACGGAAGAUAAAGUUUUAAAAAAUGCGAGAGUUCAAAGUGGUUGUAUUGGGUUCGGGCGGUGUCGGCAAGUCUGCCCUUACUGUUCAAUUCGUUUCCGGGUGCUUUAUUGAAAAGUACGAUCCCACCAUUGAAGACUUCUACCGAAAAGAAAUAGAGGUGGAUAAUUCCCCUUGCGUUCUGGAAAUUUUAGAUACCGCUGGCACAGAACAGUUUGCAUCAAUGAGGGACUUAUAUAUUAAGAAUGGACAUGGUUUUAUUGUAAUGUAUUCUUUGACAAACCAUCAAACUUUUCAGGAUAUAUCAAGCAUGAAAAAUGUUAUAACAAGAGUUAAGGGAAGUCAACCGGCUCCAAUUUUACUAGUCGCAAAUAAAAUUGAUUUAGAUUGCCAAAGAGAAGUUUCUACCGAAGAAGGGAACGCUCUUGCACGACAAUGGGACUGUCCGUUUAUUGAAGCAUCAGCUAAAGAUAGAAUAAAUGUGAAUGAAGUAUUUGCAACCAUAGUACGCGAAAUGAAUAUGACACAGGAAAAACGCCAGAAAAAGAGUUACUGUUGUUGUACACUUUUAUAGAAAUAUUAAAAAUCGUAUUAAUAUAAAAUUAGCUCAAAAGUGUACGAGUAAUUUGUAUUAUUUCAGUUCAAUAUUUUUUCUGCUCUAAACUACAUUUUUUUUCCAAGGCCAUGCAAAUAUACGUAUGUAUAUAAAUGUUAUUUGUAUAUCUUUAACGAAAGACUGGAAAUUCUUUAAAUUAAUAAUAUAAACCAUUUCCGUCAGUCAUUAAGAGGUUCGAAAAAGUGAAUUCGUAUAAUAUAUUUCUAAAUUCGAAAACGAAUAAUAAAAUUUAUAAAUGUAAGGGAAAUGUAAAUCAAUUAAAGACAAAAUUAACUUCCAACAAA